AAAUAAUGUAGAUAUGCUACAUUAUUUUGACCAUAAAAAUGAAGAAGAAACCAAAGAUCUAAUUAUCACCCAAUUCAAUCUCUUUCUUUCAAAAGAAAAAAAUGGCACCACAUGGUAGUGUUGUUGUUUCUUCUUCUCUUCUUAUUACCAUUUUUCUUAUUUUCAUUUUGCUCCAAUCACAAGCUCAAGCCACUCAUAAAAAGCCAUAUAUUGUGUACAUGGGAACACAUUCUCAUGGUGUAAACCCUACCUCAGAUGAUCUUGAAAAAGCCACAAAAUCUCAUCACACUCUUCUUGGAUCUUACUUAGGAAGUGAGGAAAAAGCAAAAGAUGCCAUCUUUUACUCAUAUAAUAGGCAUAUUAAUGGCUUUGCUGCAAUUCUUCAUGACAUAGAAGCUCAAGAAAUUCAAAAGCAUCCGAAUGUAGUAUCCGUUUUUCUGAGCAAGGAACUGAAAUUGCACACUACUCAUUCAUGGGAAUUUCUUGGAUUAGAAAGAAAUAGCGGUCGUGUUCCUUCAAAAUCUAUUUGGACGAAAGCGCGAUUCGGUGAAGAUGUAAUUAUUGCAAAUUUAGACAGUGGUGUUUGGCCUGAAUCAAAGAGUUUUAGUGAGUAUGAAGGAAUUGGACCCAUUCCAUCAAAAUGGCGUGGAAUCUGUCAAUCCGUCGUUAAAGAUAAAGUUCGAUGCAAUAGGAAGAUAAUAGGAGCAAGGUACUUUAACAAAGGUUAUAUUGCACUUCUAAAGUCCAUAAAUAUCUCUACUAGCGAAAACUUAUUUACUAGUCGAGACAUUAGUGGACAUGGGACGCACACUCUUUCCACAGCUGCGGGUAGCUUUGUCUCUGGAGUAAACAUAUUUGGCAAUGGCAAUGGCACUGCAAAGGGUGGAUCUCCGAAAGCUCGGGUGGCCGCUUAUAGGGUUUGUUGGGGCGAAGGCAAUUCAUGCACGGAAGCUGAUACUUUGGCUGGAUUUGAAGCUGCAAUAAGUGAUGGUGUAGACGUAAUUUCAGCCUCCAUUGGUGGUAGACCUUCUGAAUAUUUUAAGGAAUCGAUUUCAAUAGGUAGUUUUCAUGCUGUUAUGAAAAAUAUUGUUGUCAUUGCCUCAGCUGGCAAUGACGGAUCUAAUUCAAACACAGUAGCUAAUGCGUCACCAUGGAUGAUAACCGUUGCUGCUAGCACAAUUGAUCGCGAGUUCCAUAGUUAUGUAGCUCUUGGAAACAAAAAGCAUCUUAAGGGACUAAGUCUUUCUUUAGGUGGCUUGCCAUCUCAAAAGUUUUAUCCUUUGAUUUAUGGGUUGGAUGCAAAAGCUGCUAAAGUAAAAGAUCCUUUGAAAGCACAACUAUGUGAGACUGAGAGUCUUGAUCCAAAGAAGGUAAAGGGAAAAAUUUUGGUAUGUCUUGUUGGGGAUGAAAGUUUCACACUUGAUCAAGGUCAAGAAGCUUUACUUGCUGGUGCUGUGGGAAUGAUUCUAGUUAAUAAUGUCUCAGUGGGAAAUCAUGGCUUCACUGCUGAACUUCAUGUGCUCCCUACAUCUCAUCUCAAUGUUACUCAAGGAAAUUAUGUAUUGGAAUACCUCAAAACUACCAAGGUUCCUAUGGCUUACAUCACUCAGCCAAAAACUGAAAUAGGACAAAAACCAUCCCCAAUUAUAGCUUCAUUCUCAUCAAGAGGACCUAGCAUUAUUCAACCAGCUUUGCUUAAGCCAGAUAUCACAGCACCAGGAGUUAAUAUUAUUGCUGCCUUUAGUGAAUCUGCACCAGCAACUACAGACUUAGAAUUUGAUAAGAGAAGAGUCAAAUAUAAUGCAGCCUCUGGAACUUCAAUGUCAUGCCCUCAUGUUUCUGGAAUUGUUGGCCUUCUUAAAAACAUUCAUCCAAAUUGGAGUCCAGCUGCAAUUCAUUCAGCUAUAAUGACUACAGCAAAAGUUCAAGAUAACAACAAAGGACCAUUGUUGGACUGGAACAUGACAAAAGCUACUCCAUUUGAAUAUGGCUCCGGCCACAUUCAACCGAACCGAGCUAUGGAUCCCGGACUUGUCUACGACAGAACUAUUAAUGAUUACUUGAACUUCUUAUGUGCUCAUGGCUACAACAAAACAUCACUUCAACUUUUCUAUAAUAAACCAUUUAAAUGUUCCAAAUCAUUCACUCUAGCCAACCUUAAUUACCCUUCGAUUACAGUUACUGAUCUAAGUUCGAAAUCGGUGACAGUUACUAGAAUAGUUAAGAAUGUUGGCUCACCGGGCACCUACAAGGCAUAUGUGAAAGCCCCAAUUGGAGUUUAUGUAUAUGUUAAGCCCACAAUUUUAGAAUUUACCAAAGUUGGUGAAGAAAAGAAAUUUGAAGUUCUUUUCAAGCCAAAAUUUGUUGGAAAGCCUAAAGAUUAUGUGUUUGGACAAUUGAAAUGGUCAGAUGGAAAGCACUAUGUUAGAAGUCCUAUAGUAGUAAAGUACUAAUUUACAAAAAGAAAUGAGAAAACAGUGUGGCUGAAUGUUAUAUUUAAGAAUCUUAAUGCAAAUUAGUACAUGUAUUUUAUGUCA